AUGAUGUUCAGUCGCACUCUGCCGCAUUUCUUAAGCUGGAGCGACACGCCGACCGCAGGCAAUCUCGUCGUUGCACGGUCUCGACUCGACCAGCUGCUUCGUGAAAAUAUUGAAGUAGCGGCUAGUACCACUGUCGAGGAUCCAGCCUCUUCGAAUGGUAUUGGCGGCGUCGGCGUCGCCAAUCGCGAACACAAACUCGCUCGUCUUCUUACCGCGGCUUCGCCUCCUCGAGCGCGCAAGCUUUUGCUUCGUGUAGAUUGCGAUUCGAUGGCCCCUCUAUCUUGGUCAUACUGCUUUGUCGGCGCGGGCUGCGAUCUGCUGCCUCCUGCGCCUUUGUUGGGCAUCUCAGUCAGCGCGAGCAGCAUCUCGCGCCUCGAACUGCUUUCACCCUGCUCCUCGUCCACCGCAGCGUCCUUAGCGCGGCAGUUUUGCUGCACGUGCCCGACCUUUUCGCAACUAAAGCAGGUUUGGUCCUACGAUCGCGCGUCAAUGUGCGUUGCGACGACUGCGCGAACUGCGCUAGCUCCUUCGUGUGCCACAGGUAGUCGGAUCGUGUGGGGUUGCACUUGGCCCUAA